AUGUGGCAAAAACCAUCUUUAACAAAAUCAAUGAUGAAUGAAGUUUCUUCAAAUUCACCAAAAUCACCUACAUUAACAUCAUCACCAUCAACACAAUCAUUUGCAAAUAGAGUAUUACCGGGUAGAAAUUUAGAUGGUGGUGGUGGUGGUAGUAAUAGAUUAAUAUUUGGAGGUAGUGGUGGUGGUAGUGGUGGUGGAAGUUUACCGAGUAGUCCAGUAAGUUCACCAGUGAAUCCAUUUAAUUUAAAUGGAGGUGGAGGUGGCAAAUCGAGUAGAAGAAGAGGUGUAACAGUUGCAGCAGGUUCAGAACAAGUUGAAACUAGAAGAAAAAUAUUAUUAGGUAACUCUAGACCAUUUAGACGUCGUGCUCGUAGUAUGGAAAUUUUAAAUUCUUGGGAUUUUAUACCAUAUCAAAAAAAACCAUCAGAUGAUGAACAAGGCCAAGUUGAUCAAUAUAUUCAAGGAGAGAAUGAUGAAGAUUUAACAUCUUAUGAAUCAUAUAUUACAAACAAUAAUACUACUACCACUACAAAUACAAAUAAUAGUAAUAAUAAUAAUAGUAAUAAUGAUGGUAGUGGUAGUGGAAGUGGUGCUGGAGGUAGUUUCAUUGGUACCACUACAUCGGCAAAAACUACAUCAACUACUAGCACAUCAGCAGCAACAACUACAACAACUACAACCACAUCAUCAUCAUCAUCAUCACCAUCAUCUUCAUCACCAUCAUCAACAUCACCAACAAUAGCUUCUAAUAAUGAUAAUAAUAAUAAAAUUGAACCGCCACAACCAUCAAAGAUUGCAAAUAGUGUGCCACCAUUAACUUUAUCACAAUCACAAACUCAACAACAGCAGCAGCAAAAGGUUAAACCACCACCGCCAUCACCAAGAUUUUCAACAAACAGUAGUGGCAGCCAAAGUCCACCAGUACCACCAAGAUCAAGUAAAUCAUUAGGAUUAUCAAAUGAUUUCUCAAUUAGUUUAUCCUCAUCAAUGUCAUCGAACUCAUUGUUAAUCUCUGGUUCAAUUAAUACAUUACCAACAUCGUCAUCAUCAUCAUCAUCAGUAGGAGGGUCAGGAGCAUCGGCAGCAUCAGCAUCCAUUUCAUCAUCAUCAUCAUUAUCAUCAUCAUCAUUAUCUGUUUCAAAAUUAAUUUAUGAAAAUAAUGAAGAAAAUAAAUUUGUAGUAGUAUCAGGUCCAAAAGAUCAACUUGUAGAAUAUUUAUGUAAUAAAAAUAAAUUAGAUUUCUCAUUUGUAAAUAGUUUUAUAUUAUCAUUUCGAUAUUUUAUUGAACCAGAAGAAUUAUUUAAUCAUUUAAUGGUAAAAUAUGAAACAAAGGUUCAAACAACUUCAUCAAUUAAAGUUUCAAAACAAUUUGAAGAAAUUCAAGAUAGAAUUAGACAAAAUAUUUUAAUUAUUAUAUCAGUUUGGGUAGAUUGUAAUUAUAGUGAUUUUGAAGAUAAUUUAAGUUUACAUAAGAGAUUAUUUAAAUUAGUUCAAGAUACACCACAUGCUGUAUUUUUAAGAGAUUCAAUUGAUAGACAAAAAGUAUCGAAAAUUCCAAUUUUAGAUUUAUAUGAAAAAUUAAAAGAUGAAUUAUUAUUAUCAUUAUCACCAAGAGGUAGUUUAAGUGGUAGUGGUGGUAUUAGCAAUAAUAAUAAUGGUAGUGAUUUAAAAAAUAGUAAUAAUGGAAAUAAUAGUAGUAAUAAUAAUAAUAGUAGUAGUAACAGUAGUAGUAGUAGUAGUAGUAGUGAUAUAAAAAAUAUAAAAAAUUCAUUCUUUUCUUUAACAACAAUGAUGGAUUGGUUAAUGAAUCAUUUAUCAAUUGGUUAUGCAACGGCUGAUUCAAUAUUAAAGAAAUUAUUUAAAUUAAAAGUAAUUGGUAGUUUAGGAAGUGGUGGUGGUUUUACAAACAUUUCUUCAUCACAUACUAAUUCAAAUAGUAAAUCUUCAAAAGAAGAAUUAUACUUUUUUACAUCAACAAAAUCAAUAAUUAAUAAAGAAAUUUAUUCAAGAUCAUUUAUGGAUUAUAGUCCACAAGAUAUUGCAAAACAAUUAACAUUGAUUGAAUUUAAAUUAUUUCAAAGUGUGAAAAUGAAAGAACUUUAUCAUAAGUCAUGGACGAUUAGUAAGAGUAAGUUUGAGAAUUCACCAAAUAUAAUGUCAUUGAUAACAAUGUCGAAUAAGAUUGCCAAUUGGGUAGCAACAGAGGUGGUGACAACACCACAUCCAAAGAAACGUGUUGAAGUUUUGAAAAGAUUUAUAUCGGUUGCAGAACAUUGUAAAAAGAUAAACAAUUUCAAUACACUAAUGGAGGUGAUAAGUGGUCUUUCCAAUAGCGCAGUAUCACGUUUAAAAGAGACUUGGAAAUCGUUGCCUACCAGAUACGUAAAUUCGUUCAAUUCACUUCAAAACUUUCUAAAAACUGACGAAAAUUGGAAAUCUUACAGACAGACUUUAAAAACCAAAGAAACACCAUGUCUACCUUAUUUAGGCCUAUUCCUACAAGAUAUCAAUUUCAUUGAAGAUGGUAAUUCAAACCUUUCUUCUGAAAAUGAUUGGGUAAACUUUAAGAAAAUGAAUUUAUUAACUUCAGUUUUCACUGAAAUUCAAUACUUUCAAAGACAUCCUUAUUUUAGUUUUAGUACUCAUCAAAAUAUUCAAACUUAUUUCGAAAAGGAUAUAGUUAUAUUACCUGAAAAAGAACUUUAUGCAUUUUCAAAAUUUAUUGAAUCACCUUCAAAUCCAUUAUUUAGAUUAUCAAAAUCAAAAAAUCAAUCAAUAUUUAAUAUUUAA